AUGGAGAUCAUAGUGUCAGCGGAUGCGUCAAAUUAUGGAAUUGGAGCGCGCAUUGCCCACAAACUGCCAGAUGGAUCAGUAAAGCCGACAUCAUAUGCAUCAAGGAGUCUUACGCAAACCGAGUUUAACUACAGUCAAAUCGAGAUCGAAGGGUUGGCGUUGAUCUUCGCAGUAACACGGUUCCAUCGCAUUUCCGUGUAUACAGCCAACAGGCUCCAGCGAUGGGCAUUAACUCUGCUGUUGUAUGACUUCAAUAUCAAGUAUGUCAGUACAGACAGUUUUGGCUAUGCAGAUGUUUUGUCCCGUCUGAUCAACACCAACGUCCUUUCGAACGAAGAUUACGUCAUAGCAUCGAUCGAGCUGGAGGAUACCAUGGAGUACAUCGUCAAGCAGUCAGUUGAAGCUCUUCCAGUUACGUUCAAAAUGAUUCAAUCUGGAACUAAGUCGGAUGCAGUACUGAAGCAGGUGAAGCAGUUCGUCCAAACAGCUUGGCCGUCAAGUCAGUCAAAAAUCGGUAAUUCACAGUUACAGCAGUUCUAUCAACGACGGGAGAGUCUUUCAAUUGUUGCCGAUUGUCUCAUCUACGGAAAUCGACUGGUGAUUCCAGCGAAAUUCCGUGACCGAGCUCUACGUCUUCUACACAAGGGGCACCCAGGAGUAGAAAGGAUGCGGUCUGUAGCACGUAGCUACGUCUAUUGGCCAGGAAUCGAAGAGCAAAUCAGUCAGUGUGUUCGUUCGUGCGUCGAAUGUUCGAGGGUAGCCAAGACCAACUCUAAAACCAACCUGGAAUCUUGGCCAUCACCAAAAAAGCCUUGGCAGCGAAUACAUGCAGAUUAUGCUGAGCCGUUUAAUGGCAAUUAUUACUUGAUUGUUGUCGACGCUUUCAGCAAAUGGCCAGAAGUCGUCUCAACCAAGCGCAUCACAACAUCUGCAACUGUUGCCAUGUUCCGGGAAAUCUUCGCCAGAAACGGAUUACCGGAGACUUUGGUUACAGCCAACGGUACGCAGCCUUCUGCAGCAACCUUGGCGUCCUGCAUCUGA